AUGCCUGUAUCUCAAUUUCGUCGUAAAAAUGGACAGCAGUCAUCAUGUGAAACUUGUCGGAAAUCAAAGCUGGCAUGCGACCAUGCCGUUCCACACUGUGGUCGCUGUGUGCGACUGAACCGGACAGAUACAUGUAUCUACGUGGCCAAUCCAUUGACUGCAUGUUCCCCAAAGAGUACAGCCGUGGAAAAGAGGCAGACCAAGUCAAAAUAUCGACGGGAAAAUGUCAUGUCGAUGGCCCAAUCACCUAUUGUUCGGGAAUUAUCGACCCAAAAAGGGAUGUUCACCACAGAUACAGAAAGAAUUCUUCUAGAGCCUUCCUCCAGCAAGCGAAUGGAGUCACUCGACAGAACAACAAGCUGGGGAAAGAUCUUCGACGAGUUCAACAUAGAUAUUGAGUCGGAGGACAUGCUAACGAGUCCGUCAAACGUCUUGUCCACGCCAUGGAAAGACCAGAAGCUAUUCGAAAAUGCCACUAUCGCCCUUACACAAAUACCUUCACAAGAGCUUUGUGAAGGCCUCAUAAACCAUGCCGUCAAGUAUCCAGAUUUUGGAUGCCAUGAUUAUUAUUUGCGUCUACUGCAUGAUGCUUGGUGGGAUCAAUUUGAAGGGUUUUUGGAGGUGAACCUCUGGUCGAUGAGCUCAAUAGAGCCAAUUAUCGAGCAGCUCUGGACCAAUACUGUCAGUCGGGUCAACAAACGACUUUCGACGGACUCCGUAGAGUGGCUGAGCUCAUGGGUGGGACCGAAUACGACAUGGGACUCCCUAGCACAUCUUAUAUCAGCCUAUGGUUCCGCCUAUGCCAGCAUGCUCCCUUCUAACCCUCUUUUAGCCCAUUCCGACAAAAGCCAGGUUUGUAGAGACAUUGGAAAAGGGGUUAAGGCAUGUCUUUUCAUCUGUGAGACAAUGGAUAUAACCAGUGUGAAUGUGGUUAACGCACAUGCAAAUAUGGUUCUUCUUCAACAGUCUUAUGACAGCAAUGAUUCAAAGCAUAACUAUACAAAUGUUGGCCAUCUUGUACGAAAUGUCAUCUAUAUGAGCAUCAAUCCUGGAUCAACUUUCAAAUGCUUCAUUCAAACAGAACUAGAGCGCAAGGCCUUCCAUCGUGCCACUAUUUUGGACAAUUCGGUUUCUACAUCUUGUGGAAGGCUACCUCAGCUAACUCGGCGCUUUGAUGAAUGCCCCCUACCACUCGAACUGAGUGACGAGCAACUUUUAUUAUCUAUAGAUGAGCUAGAUAAUGCCAUUGGCCUACUAGACUCUAAUGGAUGGGCGCCCGGUGAAUCUUCCUAUCCUGUCAGCUAUCUUCGAGCUCUUUCAAUGAUGGGUAAUCAUCGAAGAGAGAUCCUGGAGCUCACUAUGGGCUCCGAAGAUGAGCCUCCGGAGAAUUUGCAAAAGUUAUCUUGCUCCAUCCCACUUAGUCAAAACGAGUCUUUACUGUCGUCAGCAAAAGCCACAAUCAAUGUGAUGACAAUGCUCUACACACACCGCCAUCGCCUCGAGGAAAUGUCACUUUUCUUCCCUUGGGCUGUCAUGUUUUACGGCACACCUGCAGCAGCUAUCCUUGCUAUUGAAUUACUUCUGAGACAAUACAGUCUCACCGGAACACCAAACAGUGGCAAUUCACAUCCACGCUCGGAAAUUAUCCAGGAACUGAGCGUGUUUAUCAGUUGCCUAAAAAGCAUGCCCUCUACGGAAGGAAAUCACACACCUUGUCGUCGAGUGGCAUCUACACUUCAGAAGAUUCUGGAUCAGGUCCUCGAUUCUUCAACAUUGAUAAAUUCCACUACUUCACGUGCUUCCCCUACCAUGGCAUCGUUUGUAACGAAAUCGGACCCAUCAACUGAUUGGGAUAUUGAUUGGAAAGUGUUUUUCACUGGUCCCUGUGAUCCUGAUUAUACUCAGUGGUUGGAUCCUAGUACGUGGAUUGAUAAUUCUUGGCCUUUGGAGAUAAUUCAGGACGUGUGA